AUGUUUAUUGGCAUGGCUGGUCCAAGUUGCUCAGGAAAACGUACAGUUGCUAAUUGGCUUGUGACAGUUCAUGGCUUCACUUUAUUAUCUCUAAAAAAAGAUGAUCAAUAUGUUCAAAAUGCAUUACAUUUUGACUCAGCAGAAGAUGUUCUGUUAUAUGUUACAAAAAACUGGUUAGAUAACUUUGUAACUUAUGAAAUAUACAAUAAUACCAUUUUAGAAGUAUACAGUUGUCAAUCUAAUGGACAAGUAUAUCCUACAUUAGAGCAAUUUGUAACCGAAAAUGAUCGAUUGCUUUUUCAAAAAAUACAUCCAACAAACAUGGAAAUUUCAGAAUUAUACAGAAAUGAUCGAGGCAAAUCAUUUGGUUCAAUCAUCACCGAAGAAAAAUAUACAGCAAUUUAUAAUUUGAUUGCUAACGCAGAUUUAAACAUCAUUAAUUCAUUUUUAACCACGCAAGCUUUCUUCACUUAUCUUCAUAGUCUUGACAUAACAAAUCAAGAAAGGUUACGUCCAUCAUGGGAUACUUAUUUCAUACAUUUGUCAGAACUUGCUGCUAAAAGAUCUAAUUGUAUGAAACGCAAAGUUGGUUGUAUUUUGGUUAGAAAUAACCGGAUAAUUUCUACCGGUUAUAAUGGAACACCAAGAGGUUUGAAGAAUUGUAAUCAGGGUGGAUGUGAUCGGUGUAAUGAUGCAGCACCUUGUGGAACCGGAUUGGACAAGUGUCUUUGUUUACAUGCAGAAGAAAAUGCAUUAUUAGAAGCUGGAAAAGAGAGGGGCGAUGAGUGUAUACUUUAUUGUAAUACAUGUCCAUGUUUAGGAUGUACUGUGAAAUUGAUUCAAAUAGGAGUAAAAGAGGUUGUUUAUAACCGAUCAUAUCGAAUGGAUGAAAAAACUUCACAACUAUUAAAAAGUGCAGGUGUGAAACUGCGCCAACAUUCUCUACCGGCUAAAACUUUUGAGGUUAGAUUGCAAGAAGUCGAAGUCAAUACUGAACUAGUUGUUGUUGCAGAGGAUGAUGUUAUGAUGUAG